AGGCUGCUCAAGAGUUGCCACCUAGCCCUUUCCCUUCGGCUACGCGCUCCUCGCUUCCGCCAUGUCAGUAGUGGAUGGCCUGCCGUUUGGGGAUGACAAGAAGGAGUACAUCGUGCAGACGCUGGACCCCAUCUUGGAGGAAAUGGUCAGCGAUGUGCUGACCGAGAUGCCGGAUGUGCCUUUGGACUACAUGAUCCAGUGGAUGAACAAGCGCGCGGGCAAGGCGGCAUCAUUGAGUGAGAUCGUGUCAGUGUCACAAAAGAACCAGAUGCUCAAGCAGGAGCUGAGCCAGCUCCAGGGCUCCUUGGAGGAGGCGAGCACCGCGGCGGCGGGCGGGGACGAGGAACAGGAGGAAGAGGAGGAGGACGACGACGAUUGUGAUGAGAUCCCCGAGUCCUUCCGAAAGUCCGAAGAGAGCAUGGGCAAGACCCGCACCUCCGUGAGCGCGGAAGCCUACGGCACUUGGAACCAGAAGCAGGCCUUCACGCCGCCGGACCACCCGAAGACGGACGAGCAGAAGCAGCGCCUGAAGCAGACCUUGUCCAAGAGCUUCAUGUUUUCCACCUUGGAGGAGAAGGACAUGCAGCUGGUGAUCGGGGCCAUGAAGGAGUGCAAGUUCGAGGCGAGUGCGAAGGUCAUCAACGAGGGCGACAACGGGGACUUCUUGUUCGUCAUCGAGAAGGGGGCGCUGAAUUGCCUGAAGUCCGUGGGUGGCGAAGAGAAGGUGGUGAAGACGGUGAACGAGGGCGACGUCUUCGGGGAGUUGGCCUUGUUGUACAACUGCCCCCGCGCCGCAUCGGUGGUGGCCAAAGAUGAAUGCAUUUGCUGGCAGCUGGACCGCGAGUCCUUCAACCACAUCGUGAAGGACGCCGCGGUGGCCCGGCGCAACAAGUACGACGAGUUCCUGAGGUCCGUGAAUCUGCUGUCCUCCCUGGGGGACUACGAGCGCUCCCAGAUCUCCGACGCGCUUGUGGCGGAGACCUGCAAGAAGGGGGACACCAUCGUGAAGCAGG